AUGUCAAUACUGUACGGACGGCAAAUCCACACCGUACCUCGGGUUUUAUCUGGUGUAGUAAAGAGCAAUGUUCCAUUGACAUUGAGUUCUUCUUUCCAUUCCUUUAGUAUUCUAAGGGCGAAAGAGGCGCCACCACCAAGCGAGGCUGAAAAGAGCGCAGCUGAGAUAAGGGAAGAACUAGAGAAAAACCCACAAUAUGCUAAACUUGCCGAAGAUUUCUCAAGUCAUGAUCACAUUCAUUUGCAAGAAUCUGAAACCGAACAGAAUGACUCUUUUACAUUGGGCACUAUGCUAACCAGAACUCCACAACACGCAAACCAUACUCAUUCCCAUGGUUUGGGUAACCCAAUGCUAGUUUUAAGCAAAGAACAAUUCAAGACUAACCCCGGUGUUCGAAUCACUUGGAUUGGGUUACUGACUAAUGUAGGGUUGGCUGUUGGUAAAUUUACAGGUGGUGUUGUCUUCCAUUCUCAAGCAUUAAUUGCAGACUCCGUGCAUGCUUUAAGUGACUUGGUUUCAGAUUUCUUAACCUUGUUUUCUGUGGGAUUAGCUACAAGAACUCCGACCCACGAUUAUCCUUACGGUUAUGGUAAAAUAGAAACUGUUGGUUCUUUGGCUGUCUCUUCCAUUUUGACUAUGGCUGGUUUGUCUAUUGGUUGGUCUUCUUUGUGCGCUAUUGUUGGGCCAAUUAUACCACACACUCUCUUGGAAGUAUUCGCUUCUCACUCUCAUUCACAUUCACACGUACAUGCGGUCACCGAUAUCAAUGCAGCUUGGAUAGCUGCGGGUUCCAUUGUCCUAAAGGAAUGGAUUUACAGGGCUACAAAGAAAGUCGCUGUCGAAACUAAAUCUAAUGUACUAAUGGCAAACGCAUGGCACCAUCGUGUUGAUUCCUUAACAUCUUUAGUGGCACUAGUUACUAUCUCAUCCGGUUACUUGUUCAACAUCCAUGCUUUAGAUGCAGUUGGUGGUUUGAUUGUUUCAGGUCUUGUUGUGAAAGCUGGUGCAGACGGUAUGGUCACUGCUAUCAAAGAAUUGAUUGACAAAUCAGUACCAAAAACCGACCCACGUUACAUUCAAGUUCAAAGUGUAACUGAUGAAGUGUUGUCAAAAUUAAUUUCAAACAACAACGCAAAGAAGCCAUACCGUAUUGUGGACUUGACUGUAAUGACUAGCGGUCCAAAUAUGCACGCAAACUUGGUACUUGAAGCACCACUACAAAGAUGGGACAAUGUGCUAACAAUCAAGGAAUUUGAGAUAGUAACUGAUCACCUACGUUCUGUGCUCUACAAGAAUAUUCCAGCCUUGAGAAGACUAAACGUGGAAUAUGUUGAAGAGAGACCUGAGCUAAGUGAAGAAGAAAAAUUAGAAUUAGAGAAGCAGAAGAAGUUGGGCUCUGCUGAUAUUCCAAAGACUGAAACCCAAGUCACUGAUUCCCAUUCUCAUGGCCAUUCUCACUCUCACUUCGGUCUAGGUGGUGGUCAUUCACAUAAACAUUAA